UUCAAUUGACAUUCCCACCAAGUCUUGUCUAAAACGGCAACAUGGCGGGGUCCAAAAAGAAAGCGGUGGUGGCACCCAAAAAGCCAAAGAAAAAGAAGGAGAAGAAGCCUCCCGAGACUCUGGUGGAGGAAGAGAAGAUUGUUACUGUGACCUUCGGCGAUCACGAGUAUACAGGUUAUGUAAAGGCAGAUAGCCUUUCAAGGCGAUUCCUGGAAGGUGCAGCAUCCAAAUACGUUUGGCAAAAUGGUUGUAGAUAUGAAGGGCCUUUCCUGCAGAGCGAAAUUGAAGGCGAAGGGAAGUACACCUGGCCAGACGGCUCAACAUAUCAAGGUUAUUUGCGAAAUGGCAAAAGGCAUGGAUAUGGGGUGUUUACUGCUGCGGAUGGCAUCACUAAAUACCAGGGCCAGUGGUUCGAAGGGAAAAGGCAUGGCAAAGGCCGCUUGAUCUUCGAUGCAGACGGUGAAUCCUUUUACGAUGGUGAUUGGUGUGACGGCUGCAAACAUGGGGAAGGCCGGCAAGUAUGGCCGAGCAAAAAUACAUAUGAAGGCCACUGGGAAGAAGGCCGAAUGCAUGGCUUUGGCACAAUGACCUGGUUUGAUAAUGGAAUGCUUGAGGUGUACACAGGCCAGUGGGCUCACAAUGUACCUCAAGGCCAAGGAAAAUAUACUUGGCAUGCCUCUGGUGAUGCUACCUUUGGCAAAGAGAUGCCGGUGCAACAAACAAACAAUAGCUUUCAGGGCACAUGGUCUCAAGGUCUUCGCUCAGGAUAUGGCACCUUCCAGUUUGCGAAUGGUGCCAAGUAUGAGGGUCAGUGGACAGACAAUGUCAAGCACGGGGAAGGACGCUACACGUUUGAGGAUGGGCGGAUUUAUGCUGGAGAGUUCAUAUCAGACAACAUGGCAACACCCUGUGCCCAGCAUCAUGAAUCCACUUCAUCUCAAGCUUUGAAUCUGGGUGGAGUGGACAACCCCGUGCGUCGCUGCAUUGAGAUUGCAGACUUGGCCGGGUUUUGCAUGCCAAACGACAGGAUAAUCACCGAUCCAGCAGAACUCACGGGAUUUAAUGAGCCUAGCGAUGUUUUCCGCGAGAUCUACAACAUUCUCUUGCGGCACUUGGGUGAUUUGAAGAAAGUUUAUGCAAGUAUGCGCAAUGCUAUCCACAGACCUGGUGAUGAUCCAUGGCUUGUUUACAUGUUUCACCUUUGGAUGCUGGUCCGAGAUGUGGGGAUCUUGGCUCCGGACUGUCCUCUUGCUCGAGUGGAUCGCCGCAUUGUUUGUGGUCUUCGACAACAUGGGGAGGCCUUCCCUGAAGAUGUCGGGGACUUGCGGCCCUUCACACCCAGGUCACUUCAAAAUCGGGUACCGGGUGAUGCGGAACAACCCAAACUGUCGCGACGAGCAUCAAAAGUUGGAGAUGAAGGGCUGGGGACGGAAGCAGCAGCUGAAGAUCAGGACCCCCUUGAUGAGGAUGAGUAUGAGGAUGAAGAAGAAGGUGAUGAAGAGGAUGAAGACGCUGAAGAAGCAGAUGCAGAUGUGGAUGACGGAGAUGCUGAUGUGGAAGACAAGAAGAGCUCCAGAAGUAGAACUAGCCGGACUAGUCGGCAAAGCCGAACCAGCAAGCAGAGCCGCACAAGUAGGCUCAGCCGCACCAAAAGCCAAGGUAAUGUUGCUGGCAGCCGGCGUCCAACCAUCCAGUCACUUGGAACUCGGCAAUUAUCUUCCAUCGGACCUAUCGACUUUUUCUUUGAACAGAACAAGUUUUGGAGGCUUGCAGACGCUGAAGCGGCCUCCAGGUUGAUAGAUGUCCACUCACCCAACGCGCCCUUGAUGUUCCGGCACUUCCUAGAGGCACUUGUCAGAAUGACACAGGUUGCAUACCCAGAAAAGCAGGGACUGGAGUCAAUGUUGAAAGGGCUCCUUCGAGAGCGGAUUCUGCCCAAGGUUGAUGAUCCAUUGGCCUUGGAAUCACGCGGACCAUUUGAAUUUUUUGCGGACAUGAACGUGAUGCAGGUACUGGAUAGCUUCCAGACCAAGCUUUGGGAGGUGUUCAAAGACAAUGCAGCAGGAGUUGGUGUCUAUGCACUGCCUCAAUGGGCUCAGCUCCUCGAUAUUGAGGAAGAGUCAGGACGUUCCCAGCCUUACCGCAGAACCACUGCCAGACAUUUUGGAGGACAACAGCGCAGGGUUCAUGUACAGGCACGAAUGGACGUUACCAUCCGGGUGAAGGAUGCAUUGAGUAUUCUCUUCUACUCAGAUCUCCUCUCACUCGGAGACAUUGAGCAUCUCAAGAGUCAUCCAUCUGAUAGCAUUUUCCCGGAUCCACGGGAGGAAGACUUGCCGGCGUUUUCAGGGACGCCAGACACAGAAGAACGUUCAUCCAUGAAAAACACCAAUCCAGAGUUUGCGACUGAAAAGGAUCCAAAGGAGGCACCUAGUGGUCCGCCAGGCCCAGCUGUAGAUCCUCGAACGCCAACUCCACCAGAUGCCAACAUCGAGGGUGCCGCGAGCCCAUCACUAGUCAAGGACAGUGCCUUCCAAGUGGAAGCGCUAGAGGAGUUUCGCCAGCAGAGUUUCAAGGCCGACUGGCUGGAGGUGGUGGCAAUCUUGACUGAGGUCUUUCGGCCUCCGAGCUCCAAACGAAUUCAUUGGGCACUCGAUGAAAGCUCUGCUGCGGAGGAGCUCUCGCUACUGGACUACCUUGAAACAGAGCUUACAUUUCCAGAAUUCCAGAGGCUCUUGUUACGAAUUGCAAACAUUCCAGCCGAAAAGGUAACACACACAGCAUCUUUGCCUUCGCACGCCUGCUUGGAUGUAUUCCUGAACCAGGUCUUCAUCCCAGCUGUUGAAUCAGCGCCUUCAAAGGUGCCUCCGGAACCUGAAUUCAGAUCUGAAACAGUGGAGCCUGUGGAGCCUCACCAAGAGCAAGCGAAGGAGGAACAAGAGCCAGGAGCUGCAGAGGGAGCGGAGGAGGAGCCAGAGGCAAAAGAGGCAGUGAAAGUAGCCACUCCGCGCUUUUGGCUUGGCUUUUGUGAUCCAUACCAUUUGGAUGUGGCUGCAUCUGCGACCCCACGUUCAUGGCCAGAGGAAUAUGCAGAUCAAGUGCUUGAUUGGUGAAAACCCGGAAGAUGCUGGAAGAAAGUUAAGAUUGUAUUUUUAACUUGUGCAUAGGACAGCCUGGAGCGAAUAGCGUUCCUCACUUUUCUCCGCAAGAAGUGGAGAAAACGAUGUGUGGCACGUGACAAGACACAUCAAGGCACAUCAAGGCACCAGUUUAUGCUUGGCCGUCUGGCCGUGUUGCCAAGGACUAGUCCAGUACAAGCACUGUGCAGCAUCCUCAGCAUCACAACAAAAGUUGUGAGUUGAGAUCUACAAUGUCUCGAAGUCCGCACGAA